UACAUGCUGCUGUUUAUUGCUGGUGCAUUCGGUGGUCGGUUACGAUAUUCUGCACGAGCUCAAAAAAGGGGGCCCGUUGGGGCAAAUCCCUGUCUGACAUAAACGUGAAAUAGCUUCGUUAAGUGCAUUCAGACUCGUUGGAUUGUCAUCUCGGUUUCAAGUCAUGCCAGACUCAGCACCAGGAGGCGGCCCAGAUCAAGCCACGGGAGCCGCGACUGGAGGAUCAAUUAAUGAGCUGAACCAAAUCCUUGAUGAAUGGGGUCAAUCUCGUGGAGCAGGCCAGGAUCCUAUUCCUGUGCUGUCUCGCCUUUGCGAAGUUGUCGAACGAGAAAAUGAAUUAUACCUCAAAAUGGACAUCGACCCCUUCGAUGAUCGACAUCCAUCAAGGACAAAUCCUAACUCAGCUUUGGGUUCUUUGCUCAGAACUCUUUUUCGCAACGAUGAGUUUAUGGACACUCUCGUUAACACCUACAUUUCAGCUAGAGAUAACAAAAAACUUAACGAGUUGGCGUGUCGUCUGCUCUAUGACAUCCUGCCAGGCCUUGAGGGUAGCAUCGUGUUUCAGGAAACGGAGGGUAUUGUCUCAAAGCUAUACCACUGGGCUGAACAUGCCGAUAAUCCUUUAAAGUCAUAUGCCAUCGGGCUCUUAGGGGCAGCAAUGGAGGUAGCAGAUAUUGCAGCGAAUUGGCGAGAUCAUAACGCUAAGUUGAUUCCACUGCUGUUGAACGAACUUCGCGAAUUGUCCUGUCUUCCGUCAGAAGUUCCACCGGAACGAAAACUCCUUUUCCUGGAAAGACCGUUCGCGCAGCUGUGCAAUGGUCGUGAGAAAGCUGGAGGCGACGGCAAGGGUGGUCAAAAAGAAAACCUUGCAUUCGAUAAACAACCAACAACGGCAAGCUCAAGCAACUACACACCGAGUAAUCGAAAACGAAAGCGGCAAACAAGUCCAGCCGAUAAAAAAGGGGCUCUUCGAUCAUCGCAACCUACGUCAACGCCGACUUCAUUGACAGUUCGUAGCGGCCUACUCGCGGACUGCUCAAACUCAAGUUGGGCUGAAAUGGAACUGCUGACGAUCGGGCACUAUCAGAUUUAUCCACUAUCUGUAGAAAUGCGACAGCGCUUUAUUCUGCAAUAUUUGACAAAAUUAGGCGAAUACCAGGAGUUCCUAUCGUUUAUCUUUGAAAAAAACGUUCUUCAACUCAUCUUGCGUUACAUAAAUCUUAAGGAAAACCACGACGUACGAUUGGCGUUUGAAGCGCUCUGUUAUUUGGCCUCACUGAUGUGUCAUAAAAAAUUUUCCAUGGAGUUUCUAAAGGCAGGUGGAGUACAGCGACUCCUCGAAGUUUACCGUCCAUCAGUGGCCGCCACCGGUGUAUCAAUUUGCCUGUACUACCUUGGCUACAGCGAAGAUGCUAUGGAGAAACUUUGUCAACAGCCGCCUGACGUUUUAACGGAACUUAUACGCUAUGCAUUGUGGCUUCUUGAGCGGAGCCAUGAUAGUAGCAAAUGCCAUGCCAUCAUGUUUCUAGGUAUGGCGUUUACGUACCCAAAAUUCCUGGAGUAUUUUGACGCGGAAGAUGGCUUAAGACGUCUUGUUAAUGUGGUAUCAACUCUUGAUGCAAUUACUAACCCCUCAAUUAACGACGAAAGACACGAUUGUGAGAAUGAAGACAAGCAUUUCGCGUCGAUGCAGACUGCUAGGCACGUUUGCCACUCACUCAAAAAAUACUUUGAGGCACAACUUGUAAUUACAGCUGAAAAGUUAAGGAGAGGUGCCGAUGGAGCGCAUAGAGACCAUCUACUAGGAUCGAAGGCUUUAAGGCUGAAGCCCGAAGAACUUGAGGAAACAAUGGAUUUUGUCUUAAACAACUUACCAGCAAAGAGCAAGUGGCAUGCCGUUGACGAAUUUAUAAGUUUGGGUGGUGUCCAAUUGAUGCUAAAGUUGAUUAUGAUCACACAAGAGGAUGCGGGUCAUGCCGGAGGCAAGACCGAAACAGUUCGGAGUGCCCUUGAAGUUGUCGGUAUAUGUACGUUAACGCCGCGUUCACAAAUGGUGCUUACAGAGGUAAUCGAAAACCCAAAUCCGGAACUUGAUAUGGAAGAUCAACAGGAGCCUAACGGUAUGGGGUUAAUUCUUGAUAUCCUCGAUUGUGAUUCGCAUGGUUUUCAUAGUGAGUCAGCUGACUUGCAAAAAGCGGCUCUCCAAAUCAUACACAAUUGUGUUGGUGGGCCAGUUCGACGACCUAGUGGAGCAACGCAGGGGACUCCCAUUCAAAAUCAUAGCUUGGUAAACAUGAACGGCGAUGUUCCUGGGUCGGGACCCAGCAGUCAGGCCCAAACAAAUAGCGCUCAAGGACCUACAAAUUCAGCUUCAGGGUCAAAAUCUCGUGGCUCAAAAAGUGGCGAAGGAACCGUGCUCCACAGAAUGUGGCGAUGCUUGCGAAGUCAUAAUGGCAUUAUGGUACUUCUUGGCAGACUUGCUGUAAAAGUUCCAAUCACUGGAGCGGAUGCUAUUAGAAUGAUGGCUUGCAAAGCUCUUUGUGGGUUAGCACGAUGUCCGACAGUACAACAGAUUAUGUCGAAGCUUCCCUUGUUUACACGUGGUCAUCUCGAAACGCUAACGAAGGAGCCGGUGUUGCAUGACCACAGUGCCCUUCAUGCUAAGUUCUGCACAUACGCAUCCCGUCUUGCGGAACUCGUCACUGGAACAGCCCUAUCAAGGGGUGGCAACAGUGACUUGCCAGUCGCACGGCGAGGCGAUGCGUGCUUGGUCGCACCUGUUGCUGAUAUCAAGUACAAGACGAGUGAUCUGCUUAUUUUAAUGUAUGAACAUAUGCUCGGAGCGGGAUUAACAGAAAGUGCGAAUGCGCUUUUGAAAGAAGCACGCCUGCAGGAAGCACUCAAUACGAGAAGACAGCAAAUGACGGGCCGGGAUGUCGGGGUCGUUGCGCAUAGAAGAGGCGUGAACCGGGAGAUUAGCCGAGCUGGGCAAGCCUUAAGUCCACAGCCUCCGCUCACGAACGUACCAGUAACACCACAAUCAAAGACUAUUCCCUUGAAUCGAUCCAGAGCUGAUUCGGCCGGUCUGACACCUAUCACACCAAUAGGCCGACGCUCCCUGAAGUCUCUAACACUUGUGGAGAAAUCGGAACAACGUGACGUUUUGUCACCAGUUAUACGCAAAAACGUGGCGAGCAUAGCUGAAAAUGCGCUCUCAUUGGAUAGCAUUGUUCGGGAAUACCUCGGCGUGCAGCAUGCCAACUGCAGGAUGCCCGUGGCCACUUGUCCACCGUUCCAGCUGCUUGCUAAACACCGGUGCGAGGAGCCCAUACUGAAGAUGCGGGCGCCAUUUAACGUAACUCAGCGUCUGUCACGAAGACAAACCGAUUGGCCCUGGGGCGGACGCUAUGGAGCUAGAAUGACCCGAAAGUUUAUCUAUUCUAAAUUCAAGCCUGUACGAACGUUCCGCGAGCCAGAAAUGCCUGCGAAUUUCACGUGCUGCUCGUUUUCUGCUUGUAAUGAAAUGUUGUUUGUAGGAACAGGCAAUGGCGAACUGAAGGUAUUCAAUGUACAUACAGGCACAGACGAAGCUACUUACAAUUGCCAUGACACGGACCUCACACACUGUCAAUCAUCGAAGGAUGGAACGUUGAUUUUAACAUCUUCAUUCUUUCGUGAGCCGUUGAGUGUUCUCUGGACAUUUACGGAUUUGUUUCAGCAAAAGGUCAGCUUCAAAGAUGACUCAUAUGUCGAAUUUGGCAAGCUGAGCGACGAGCGCAUCCUUGGCACACAAUACGGAAUAGCGCGGUUAUAUGACACGAGCACGGGGCGCAAGAUCUCCCAAUUUGUCGAUCAGAAACUGGCAAAUCAGUACAUCAAGAAUCGUGCUACUCUCAACCCAACCGAUGAGUUGGUCCUCAACGAUGGCGUAUUAUGGGACGUUCGGCGGUCGCAGCCAGUUCAUAAAUUCGACAAAUUCAAUCCGUAUCUCAAUGGCGUGUUCGCUCCUAACGGACUUGAAGUCAUCGCCAACACAGAAGUAUGGGACUUACGCACGUUCAAGCUCCUCCAUACAUUAUCGGCACUCAACCAGUGUCAGGUGUUGUUUAAUGCGCGGGGUGAUGUAAUCUACGGCGCUAUGGUCGUGUGCGAGGAUAUGGACCAGGAGCGUGAUCAGCAAUUGCAGAACAUGUUCGGCAACUCGUUCAAGACCAUAGAUGCUACUGACUACUCUAACAUUGCGACGAUCGAUAUUAAACGACGAAUCUGCGAUAUUAAAACCGAUGGACGUGAUAUGUAUCUGGCAAUUGUGGAAAACGCCGGCGAACGAACUCAAAUGGGCACUGAUUCUGUUGUGAGGUUGUACGAAGUCGGUAGGCAGAAACUCGAAGAUGACGUUGAUGACAAUGAACAGGAUGAUGACGACGUCGACGAUGAUGAUGACGAAGCUUCAUCGAGUUCGGCUUCGGACGAUCUCUUCAAUGAUACCGUUGAUAUCGAUGAUCCCGCUGGCUUCUCACCGAUGGAAGACGAUGAAGAUGAUGAAGAAGGAUCGUUUGCGGAUACUGAAGGGAGUUCGGCGGGCGGCGAGGAUGAUAGUGAAGACGAAGGCUGGGUCGUGACAACAAAUUGAAAGAAGAAAACGCCGAAAAACAUAAGAUCACACCACGUGGUACCCGCAUCUCGCUUAAGUGACUUUCUUCGUAAUAUCUAAUGACAUCAGAAGAUUCGUUACUUGUUUUACGUGAUGCUUUCCACCAAUUUAAAAAUUGUUAAGUUGGUGGUUCCGUUCUAGAAGUUGUAAGAAAAUGGAAAAAAAAAGUGGAACGCUAUUAGGGACAGAACUAACAGCAGCAUACUCUUGUACACACUACAAUAAGAGGAACAUUAGUUGGUGGUCAAACUGUGUGAAGCAGCACGCAUUUUUGAUUAUUUCGCAAUUGGCUUGGUACCUUUGUAUUAAUAUGAUAUCUACCUCUGUGGACGCAAAGUCAGUGGAUCUGGUUAUUCGAACUGGCACUGUUCCCCUACCGUGGCUGGUUCAAGUGUAGCCAAAGCCUUUGUUUAGCGGAGCACAAUAGAUUGUUUUUUUUUUCUUGUUAUCCGUAUUGUUAAGUGUAGAGGAGAACAUGUGUGAUGGAUAUAAUACUGUGUGGAAGAACCUGGGAAAGAACCUGACCAACUCUAGUUAUUCAACUGCUGUCCCUGUGUGAGCUAAUUUUCUUUCCCAAGAGCCAGAAACUAUUCUAAAUGACAACCUACUGGUGACAUAAUAUAAACAGACAUUUUAUAUAUAUACAAUGAGGUCAGUGAGGUUCAAUAUACAUAAAUAGACAUUGACAGAUAUAUCUAUAGAAAUGAACACAUAAAUGUAAGGUUUGUCGUAAAUUUAGUCUCGCGAAGAUUGGUUCCUUCUCCUAGCGCAGAAGGUACACGUGACGCAGAUCUGGAACAAGCCAAGACGUUAGAUACCUAUCUAAGGGGCCAUUAACCUGUGAAAGUCUAAGCCCAUAUCGUAUAAGCUAGUUAGCUCAGGUUGGCUUAGUUUAAAAUAUGUCAAAGUGAGUGGGAGCAAAUGAAGAUUUCUUAACGAGAAAAAUCAUUUGGACAGAUCACAAGAUGCUGGGGUAUAAAAAGUGUUGUGUAUUGUAUUUUAGAGGAGGAGACACAGGGUUGGAUCUAUGCGGUUGGAACAUAUACAAGUUUAACCGAGUUUGCGAAACAAUAAUUGGAUGAUAUUCGUGUAUCGGGUGUUGAGAGUAAACCACCUUGGCAGAAUUCCUCUAAGGUGAGCUGGUUAUUCUGACGGAUAAGAUAACGAAAUGAGGUUUGCUAUGGAGGAAAGCACUGUGCACUUGUAUGGAAGCCUUAUCGUCCAAAGAAUAAUUGAAGUUAAAAAAAACUGGCAAAUAUGUGAAGCACAAACUUCUUUGGGAGCUACUUUGUUUUGACUUUCAAUUAUUGUAUGUGAGGUGUAGGAAGGUCAAACCGCUUAUGAGUGUUUUGUCCGGAUAACAACAACGAUGACAGCCAGAAUGAAUCGUGUAUCAUUGUAUAAAAUAUUUUAAUAAAAACAGAAAAGCAUUUAAAACAUAAUGAAGCCUAUAAUGAAGUGCGUCACGUAUUUCGUGCAUGAAUGUGUAUAUACAGGAGUUUACCUAUGUACUAACGUAAGGAAAAGAUACAUGUUAUGGGGUGCACACGGUGUACAUUAAGAUUUUUUGUGCAAAACAGCAAUAGUAGUGAAAGGAAGAAAAAGAGCGGCAAAGUACUGUACAUGAAGGGUAUAUUGGGUCACGAAAAACAUUGUUUUUACAAGUACCCUGAAGGAAGAAUGAAAUUGACUACAAUGACCGAUUGAAUGAACGAGUAUUUACGCUGAUCGUGUAUACGUAUCUCUCAUUCUUGUCCAUAUUAGAAUAGACUACACAUACGACGUCUGCAUUGUAGUAAUCAAUAAAAUAUAAUCACUGUGUGUUUGCUGAUACGCAGCAUGUCAAACAGUGAUAUGCGGUCUGUGAAAUACUGGGGUAA